AUGGCGACCACAGUGAGCGAGUCGUCUCCCUUACUGCCACAGCAUGCCUCGCCCAGCGAGUCACCAUCCCGUCCCUCUCUACGCACUCAACGCACUGUCACUUUCAAUCCUCUGACAUCCGUGAGUACGCAGUCUGGAGCCACCUCCUCCGCAGCUCUCAGACCCGUACAGAGUCCGUCAGCGGCCCUGACCGGUUCCACUCAGGCCAUUCGAGAUCAACCGCCUAUGCUGAGUGCAUUCAACUCGAAACUGCGCAGAAGAAAUAGUCACGGCGCCCCGCUGCCAACCACGCAGCCCUUUACUCCAGCUCCGAGAGCAGGCGCCCAGAGGACUACCAAAACCACGGAGAAAUUAAAAAUAUUACCGAACCCGGAUAUCGGUGACGAAGAACGAGAUGAGGAAAGUGGCAGAGACGUAUAUUCCCAGUUCACCCGGAUAAAGGACCCUACAGCCAGGAGGGAUGCUGCGAGAUUGGGGAAGGCGGAUCGGGAUCGUUUGCCUCGAGUCACGGCAUACUGCAUGGCACAGGGCUAUCGGCUUGACGGGAUUAUGAAAUUCAUGAAGUCGAGAGCAAGGACAAGAGGUGCCAACCCCAAGCUAUUCGACGAGUGUCUCUAUAGCCCCUAUGACUACGACUAUGUGAAGAAGAACAAAGGAGGGGACAGAAGUUCAAGUCCGGUCGAGGAAAGGAUCGCAAGAGUCAUGGCUUCGCCGAGAAUUAGCCCCAGGGAGAGACGCUUCUCGGACAGUGCCGUGGAGGUGGAAGACAACAAAAAAACCAGAAGAGAUCAACUCAUCGACCUGCAAGACGAGCUGGAUACGUCGACAGGCAUUGCUGCAACGACAGAAAAUACAACUACAGACCUGACUGCCAUUGCCAGCCGUUCUUCCACCGACAUCCCAACCGAAAGCGAUGCCAUGCGCCCCCGAGCGGACUCGGAAUUCUCCACGACAGUCCACAUACCCGAAAUCUUCAUCUUCGACUACGGCACUGUUGUCAUCUGGGGCAUGACAGUUCAACAAGAGCAGAGAUUUCUCAAUGACAUGUCCAAGUUCAGCGAUGCGUCUUUACCUACCGAAUCUGUCCAAACCGAGAACUUCAAUUUCUACUACACAAAGGAAUACCAAGCGCGCAUUUACAACGACUUCAUUUCCCUGCGGGAACCACGAAACCACAUGACCAAGCUGGCCAUUUCACACGCCCUGUCCCAAUCCGUCAAGACGAGUCUGUUUGAGGACCUGGUCAGCGAGACCAUUGAAACAACCGCACCACUACCGGCACUCAUCGCCCAGACUGGCAGCGUCAACUUGACCAGACGUCAAUUGAACAUGCAAAUUGGGGAGCUUUUUAUCUUGCGGAUCAAUAUUCACUUGCAAGGCUCCGUUCUGGAUUCCCCUGAGUUGAUGUGGUCCGAACCGCAUUUGGAACCCGUGUAUGCCGCUGUCAGGAGUUACCUGGAAAUUGAGCAGCGGGUUGGAUUGUUGACAGAGCGGCUGGAUGUUAUUGCUGACCUUCUUGCUGUGCUGAGAGAACAAGGCAGUAGACGACAUGGUGAAGUGCUGGAAUGGAUUGUUAUCAUUCUCAUUGCUGCGGAAAUCUUGGUUGCCGCCAUCAAUAUCGUCGUCGACCUCUACGCUGGUAUCGACUGA